GUACAUUUAAUUUUCUGGCGAAAUUUGAAGACGUUUGCCGCAUCGAUAUUGCACCGGAAUACAAGCGACACCGUUUUAGACCAGAUUUAGGGCCCAUACUUCAAAACGGAGCUAGAUUUUAACUAAGGAUUGUCUGUUGUCCCCGUCCGAUACAGGCCUAGCUGUAGCGAGCUAGCGGCUGUCGAAGCGGGCAAUCCUCCUCAAGACGCGCGCGCCGUUGUUGAUAGCAUGGAUCCGGACAGUGGGGCGGACACACAGCGAACUCUCAGUCUGCAAUGGAAGAGCUAUAAGCUAGUACAAGACCCUGCUAUCCGACGGGUUGCUCAGAAAAUUUACAGAUAUGAUGGGGUUCACUUUAGUGUACCGGAUUCAGGAUUCCCACCUGUGGGGGACUUGCGUGAUCCAAGACCCCGCAGAAUCUGGUCUAGACACACAGAGCUGUCACUGCCAGUGCCCAAAUUCAAGUUGGACGAGUAUUAUGUAGGUCCUAUACCACUUAAGGAAGUGACUUUUGCGAGGUUGAAUGAUAACAUCAAAGAGCCUUUCCUGGCAGAGAUGUGCGCCAAGUUUGGUGAGGUUGAGGAAAUGGAGAUUCUGUUUCAUCCCAAGACACGGAAGCACUUGGGCUUGGCCCGUGUCCUUUUCACCAGCACUAGAGGGGCCAAAGACACUGUCAAACACCUGCACAAUACUUCUGUCAUGGGAAACAUUGUCCAUGUCCAGCUAGAUAUCAAAGGCCAACAGAGGAUGAAGUACUAUGAAUUGAUAGUGAGUGGCUCAUACACCCCUCAGACAGUGCCAACUGGAGGCAAAGCUCUCACUGAAAAAUUCCAGCCCCCAGCCCCGACUCAGCCAGAUACAUCGUCUGAUAUCCGGCGGAGGCUCUCCACAGACCAGAUGGCAGCUCCCGCUGCACCUCUGAACUCUGGCAGCAGCACCACCCCAUGUUCUGUGGACACUGGAUUUGGAGACCAGCGCCUAGACACCCCUCCAUCCUCUCUGGGAGGACCCUAUACGCCAGGUUCCUCUGCUUCUUCACAGGGCGGCGGAACCCCUUGCACUCCUCGCUCUGGAACCCCUUUCUCCCAGGACUCGGGAUACUCUGUGGGCAGGCAUGGUGGCUAUAGCAGCACUCAAAGUUAUUCCCAGCAGGAUAUGCUUCCAUCUUCCUCCUGCUCCUCUUCAGCAGUCUCCUCAUCAUCAGGAUUCAAGCCCCCUCGUUUUCAUGAUGACUUACAUGCUCCACCUCCGCAAGAACCCUCCGUGUUCCACAGGGGGCGGCUGGGAUAUCCUCCAACAACGCCCUUUAGACCUAGCGAGCCUCCCUAUCCGUAUCCCAGUGUUGGAGGUUCAGGAAUGCACAUGCCGCUGCAUCCACCCAUGCCACCUCCAGGGUCUCAGUUUGAGCCACCUCCGCUGUCCGACAGAGAGAGAGACCGAGAUAGAGAAAGGGGACACAGGGAUAGGGAUCGCGAGAGAGACUCAGGAGGGCGCUAUGAAGGAGGGAUAAGCUCCCGACGUUCCUCUUACCACUUCCAACAGGAUACAAACUCCUCAUCCACCUCCAAAUCCUACCAUUCACAUCACUCACAUCAUGCUGAUCGGCGGGAGGACAGGGACGGCAGGGGCUACCGGCGCGACAGCUCAGGCUCCCGCUCGGGAGAUCAUGGAAGGCAUAGGAACCACCAUCACUCCCACAACCACCACAGCAGCAGUGGAGGUGGAUCGAGCCGGCGGAGGAGCAGCAGAGAUCGGGAAUGGGAGCGAGACAAAGAAGGAGAAUUUAACAGCUCUGAUCCACGUUGCGGAGGCCACUCAAACUCCAGCCACCACUCAUCCAACAGCCUCUCCCCUCCCUCUGCCACCUCUUAUGGAGGAUACUCGUCAUCUAAAGACCUGUCCCCCUACGACACACCUUCUUCCUCCCGGCUAGAGCCCUCGCCAGCUUUCCUACCACAGCAGAGUACAGGCGAGAGGAGUUUUGGGAUUGGAGGAAGCAUGGACAAUGACUACCGUGCUCAUUCUCAGCACACGCCCCUGGCGCCACCGCCCCCACCUCCUCCCCUCCCGCCGGCCUCCGUCAUCGCAGCCGCUGUGGCUGAAACGCUCAGCUCUCUUGAUUUUGGUCAGGACAGUCCCAUCCGAGAAGAACAGUGGACCAAACCCAAACGCUAUCCCAGCACCCCGCCCCAUCCACCUCGGACACCUCCAACCUCCUCGCCACCUCACGCCUCAAUCCCGUCAUCCUCCACCUCCCCAUCCUCCACCUCCCUGCCUCACCACCUCCCCUCUUCGACAGCAUCCCUCUCUCCACCGCCUCCACAGCGUGACUCCUCCCCGGAGCCAGACUCCACCAAUGAGAGCCUGCCAUUCAUGCAUCACAGUAGCAGCUUGGACUCGCGUAUUGAGAUGUUGCUGAAGGAACAAAAAGCCAAGUUUUCCUUCCUUGCCUCAGAUGAUGAUGAUGAGAAGGAGGAGGACAGAGAGAGAGAAAAAACAGGUGAGAAUGCAGACAAUGGGGGAAACAAACUCAGAGAGGAGAACCGUGAAAGGCCUAGUCACAAGAGACCAGGAGAGACAGAGGGAAGCCAACAGAGGAGAAGAGGAGAGAAAGAUGGACGCCGCAGCAGGGGUAAAAGGCAAGGUGGUGGAGUGGGUGAAGGCAGGAAAACACCUCCAGAGGUGGCCUCUUCCACUGCCACUAUUAACAGUUUAGUGUCAGAGUCUCUUCAGGGCCAAAUGCCGCCGCCUCAGGAGGAGCACACAACCUCUGACUCACACAGGGCUCCACACACACCACCCACCUACAAUGGAGAGGCACAGCCUUCUCCUCACUCCUCUGGGGAAGAUAUGGAAAUAUCCGAUGAAGAUGACAGUGCCAUCACCACAGCAACCCCCCAUCCCAUUGCCUCGUCGUCCUCUUCACCGGCCACCUCCACGCAAUCUGCCCUCCCCUCCCAAACCCCAGACCCCUCUGCGAGUCCUGCCCCGGACACCAGCCAGCACUUCAGUGCCACCAUGCCACCUCCGCCCAUCCCAUCUUACCCUCCCCACCUCCCUCCACCACCUCUUCCCGGCUUCUCCCUGCAGCCUCCGCCACCCCCUGGCAUACCACCUCCGCUUCCUCACAUGGAGCUGCACCCAGAGUACCCUCCUCCACUGCCGCAUCACAUGUACGACUAUGCCAGCUCCAUGGAGCUCAUGAGCCAGUACUGCGGAGGAGCACCCAUGUCAUUCCAGAUGCAGACACACAUGCUCAGUCGUCUCCACCAGAUGCGAUUGGCCUCCUCCAACAGCUCUACGGCACCCCCUGGGGAAGUCCCACCCACCUCUGAAUAUCCCCUGUCAUUUCACCUCCAUUCAAUACCCCCUCCGCAUGCACCUCCGCACCACCCACACCACCCAUACAUGGACCAAGACGGGAAUGUUGCCACCCACUAUGACCAAGACCACCGCUACAUACCCCCUCACUUACCAUACGCCUACCCAGACCCUCACGCUGCACAGCUUCCACACCAUCACGUCAUCCCACCUCCCCACAGCCCCUGGCCUCCUCACCUACUUCCCCAGCAGUUUCCUUCCCACUAUCCUCCACCUGGCUUCGGCACAGUGCCUGGCGUAGAUGGAGAGCUGUAUGGAGCGGCAGGUGACCAGAUGGCCAUAAUGGGCCACAACCCCUACGAGGCAGUAGUGCAGCAGGUGCUGGCAGCUUUGAUCGAGGAGAUGAAGAGCAUCAUGCAGAGGGACCUGAACCGCAAGAUAGUGGAGAAUGUCGCCUUUGGCACCUUCGACGAGUGGUGGGACCGCAAGGAACAGAAAGCUAAGCCAUUCCAGACAGCCAUGCGGGGAGUUGCAGUUGUGCGCGAGGAGGACAAGAAGGACGAGAAGACGAGCAACCGACCUCGGGAGCCACUCAUGUCUCUGGUAGACUGGGCCAAGAGUGGAGGCAUGGAGGGUUUCUCCCUGCGGGGGGCCUUGCGUUUGCCUUCUUUUAAGGUGAAGAGGAAGGAUCCUCAGGAACUUGUCGAGGGUGGUGAGCUGAAGCGAGCCAGGCCUUCCACUCCACCCGAUGAGGAAGAUGAGGACUCGUAUCAGGGGAAAUCUGCCGACACUGCUGCAGGAAGAACAGAGGAGAGGCGUGUAGCAGACAGAGGAGCAGCCAGGAGAAGGAGCAGAGCCAAGGCGCGCAAACCAUACGAUCUGGACAGCGAGGGAGAAGAAACAUCAGAUGGUUCCUCCUCUGAGAAGGAGGAGGAUGAAGACAGUGACAAAGUGGAUGAGUCAGAAGAUGAAGCCCUUAGCGCAGACAGUGAUGACGAAAGCAUUUCCUCCUCCUCUUCUGAGAGCUCAUCACCAUCAUCCUCAGCAUCGUCCUCUUCCUCCGAUGAGGAAGAUGAAGAAGACGGUGAACAGGCCGCUGAGAGUGAGUCAUUGGACACAAUGGAUGAGUCUACGAUGGACAGCGUGGCGGCUAUAGAUGCAGAAAAGGAUGGAAGGGACAAAGCAAGCAUUGACCAAUCAUCAGUGACUGCUGCAGAGGUCAAACAAGAAGAAGAGAAAAUGGUUACAGCUGUGCCUCCAUCUUCUCCGUAUCCCCGUCCUUCUUCACCCAUUCUCCUCCUUCCCCCACUCAAGAAACGGCGCAAAACUGUUUCUUUCUCAAUGGAAGAGAGCGAGGUCAAGCCCUCCAUUCUGUCAUCAUCUUCUCCCACUCCUGUCUCACAAGCCUCAGAUGUUCCUACUUCCGCUUCUCCCGGAAGCACGCCCACAGCAACUGCUCCAGCCGCCGCCUCCAAGCCCGUCCCGAUGCUCCUUCCGUUUGCUUCUCGUCCCAGCGAGAACGCCCUUACCUCCCCUGCUUCCCCUUCUGCCGUUCUUACUGUCCCUCCACCGGUGCGUUCCCUGCGGCCUGAUGAGCCCAAAAAGGGUCCAGGUCUCCCUCCAUCCCCACAAACUCCCACUGCCAAAAACUCCUCCAAACGUGGCAAAGACUCUCCCAGAACACCCCCGGCGCCCGUCUGCCUCACUGUCCAGAACCUUCCGCUGGACCAUGCCUCCUUGGUCAAAGUGGCCUACGAGGACCCCGUCCCCAUUUCAACUACGCAGAAGGGUCGUGCACGUGGUCGCGCUCGGACACUCAGCCAGUCGGCUUCCGCCCCUCAUCUGCAUCCCGCUCUGGAGGAAGAGGAGGAGGAUGAAGAGGAGCUGGAGCAGCGGCUGAAACUCAGGGAGCAGCUGGGAGUGUCCAGCCUACUGCAGCUGGCCUCUGCCCCCAAGCCUGACCUGUCAGUUCUGGCUGAUGUGGCGCUGAAAAUGGACCCAGAGGCAGAUAUUGACUCUGAAGAAACGGAGACCUCCGAUGAGGCAGAGGAGCACAAACUUGAGGAAGAAGAGGGAGACUUCUUCGCCCCGCACCCACGCCAACCACUCCCGGAUCCAGAGGGUCUGUUUGUCCUGCAGGAGCACAACUAUUCUAAAACUCCUGCUCCUCUGCACCUCACAUCUCCACAAAAGAAGACGAAACAGGACCCCACAGUCCUGCUCCCUGCCGACCUCAAUCAGCACGGUGUUCAGGAAGCCCCUGAAGAGGUCAUCGGAGAAGCGCUAGCCGCAAGAGGAGAGGCUCCAGAGCUAUACGGGGACCUUUCUGGGAUGGGCCUGCUGUGUGACUCCAGGGACACGGCUGAGACGCAGACCAAGACACUCGGCCCACCACACAAGAGGAGAGGAUCGAUUAGCAAAGAGAUGGAGAUGGAAGAGAGGGGGAAAGGGAAGAGCAAGAAGAGAAGUAGGAAGGACAAAGAAAAUGAGGAACUGCAAAUCUCUAAGAAGCAGAAGGAGAAACCGAUCAAGAAACAGAGGAAAAGGAAGUUAGAGGAAUAUGAAGAAGAUGUGGAUGUGGAACAGUUGGAGUCUGGUGAGCUUUCCAGCUCCAGCUCUGACUCGGGAGACUCUGACUUCGGUCUGGAGAGAUCGCUAGAGUUUGAAAAGGAAGAGGUUAGAAAGAGCGAACGACUUUUCCUGCAGGAAGCUGGCUUGACCCCCUCGACUCAGCGACGGCCCAAACACAUGCCCACACCAGCUCCCGUACCACAGCCCUCUUACAAGAACCGUAGUGAGUUUGAGCAGAUGACCAUCCUGUAUGACAUCUGGAACACUGGCCUGGACCAGGAAGAUAUGAGGCUCCUGAAGAGCACUUACGAGAAACUGUUGCAAGAUGAUCAUGGCACCGACUGGCUCAACGACACACACUGGGUCCUUCAUACCAUGACCAACAUCCCUAACCCCCGGCGGAAGAAAAAGACAGCAGAUAGGCAGCUAAGAGAGCAUGUCACGGGCUGUGCUCGUAGUGAAGGCUACUAUGCCAUCAGCCGCAAGGAGAAAGACGUCUACCUUGAGCUAGACCAGCCAGUGACUGUGCAGGAAGCUGGUGACUAUGAUACUGCAGGCUCGAAUCGUCUGCUCUCAGAAAGGCGUUCCGAGCAGCGGCGUCUCCUCAGUGCUAUUGGCACUCCAGCAGUGAUGGACUCAGACCUGUUGAAACUGAACCAGCUGAAGUUCCGUAAGAAGAAACUGAGGUUUGGCCGCAGCCGUAUCCAUGAAUGGGGCCUGUUUGCCAUGGAACCCAUCGCUGCAGAUGAGAUGGUCAUUGAAUAUGUGGGACAGAGUAUCAGACAGAUGGUUGCUGAUAAUCGGGAGAAGCGAUAUGCCCAAGAAGGCAUCGGGAGUAGCUACCUAUUCCGUGUCGAUCAUGACUCUAUCAUUGACGCCACCAAGUGUGGCAACUUGGCUCGGUUUAUUAACCACUGCUGCACGCCCAACUGCUACGCCAAAGUGAUCACCAUUGAGUCCCAGAAGAAGAUAGUCAUAUACUCCAAGCUACCCAUCGGUGUGAAUGAGGAGAUCACAUAUGAUUACAAGUUCCCCAUUGAAGAGAACAAAAUCCCAUGUCUGUGUGGCACGGAGAACUGCAGAGGAACCCUCAACUAAAAGUUCCCUAGACCUUCCCCUGAUACAUGACUUGCCAAUCAACUUUCCUGGCCCACAAGCUACUCUUCUCGGCGCACAACAAUGUAGAUAGUGUAUGAUGGGAGAACAUCAGACUCUUUGAAAAGCUUCUAUACAGGCACAGAUGUGUCCAGAUGUUUAAUCAGAUGUUUGGCCCAGGGGGAUUGGGAUCUCAGCACUGCCGCAACACCUCCAGUUCUACUUGUAAAGUUUUUUUUUUCUGCACUGGCUUUUAUCUAAUUUCGUUCCUCUUGUUGCAGCUGUGUUGGAUGGUGUUGUUUUGCCAAGGUCUAUGCCAGGGGUGGCGAACUCCGGUCCUGGAGAGCAGCAGUCCUGCAGGGUACAGC